AUGGUGCCUGGAAAUGAUCCACUAUCAAAGGCCUCCAUUCCUUUCAGGGAAAGUCUGUUCCAUACAGCUCGUUACGAAGAGAGAUUUGAUCUUAAAGGCAAACGAGUUGAUGUGAUUGGUCCCACAUGGAUCACAGCAGGUUUUGCACAGAAAUAUGCUGGCAAGGAUGGUGCCAAUCUUGAGUAUUCUGAAGAAGGAAAGGCUGGAUGGCGUCGCGAUCCGGGGAAGUAUCGUCAAUAUAGGAAGAUGAUUGAAGAUGGGAUCAAUGUGAGAUAUAUGGCAGUUUUACGCAAUACUGCUGAAUCGCAGAAAGGGAAUGAGUUCUCAUAUGGUGAAAUGCACAGAAAAUUAGGAGGAAAUCCUCGACUUGUGGACAAAAUAAUCCCACAGAACUUCAACGUUGGCUGCCGCCGCCCAACUCCAGGAAACGGCUACCUCGAAGCGCUCGUCGGUGAAAAGACAACAGUCUAUACAGAAAAUAUCAGAGAAAUCACACCAAAAGGCUUCAAAGACCAGUCAGGACAAGAAUACGAUUGCGACGUAAUUAUCUGCGCAACCGGCUUCGAUACAUCCUAUCGUCCCCGCGUCCCUACAGAUCCCAGAAUCGUACCUAGGCAUCGCAGCCGCGAACAUGCCCAACUACUAUAUAUUCACGGGACCGUUCACGCCCAUGGCACAAGGUGCUAUUAUACCCAUUUUGACUAUGAUGAGCAACUACUUUAUUCAAAAGAUCAAAAAGAAUAUACACAACACAUCCGCCGGAUGACACCGAAGGGUUCGGUUAUUCAAGAUUUUAUGGAGCAUGCCCUCGUCUAUCUACCUCGCACUUGUUGGGCGGAUCCUUGUACCAGCUGGUUCAAGCAGGGUAGAUCGGAUGGGCCAACUGUGAUGUGGCCUGGUUCACGACUAGCCUUUUCUGAGGCGGUCAAGUCGCCUCGGUGGGAGGGAUUUGAUAUUCAGUAUCACUCUGGAAAUCGGUUUGGAUUCUUGGGGAGUGGUUUGUAUGUAUGA